GAGCGUUAGACACCCGGCGUCACUCAUUAUUUAGCCGAAAGGGAAUCUGUCUUAUUAAAAGAGCAUUUUAAUGCGCGAUUUGAUGACGUAACGACAAUGGUCCAGAAAACAAAUGGCGAAUGCGUUAGCGGCCACAGGCCCAGCGUGCGAGUAACAUGAAGCUGACUGGCACACAGUGCUGCUUUCGCCGUUUGUGUAUUUCUUUAGGACCUCCAAACGGUUGGACUGUUGAAGUACGUGGCUUUUGCAGCACUUUGAGCCGAUGGGUGUAAAGCAGUCCGUCUUGCGUAGAGAAGCUCCCUGUAGAAAUGCGCGCUUAUUCGGCAUGCUGCUUAGAUAUGCCUGCCGCUCUAUGGAUCUGUUGGCAUAGGGGCCAUUACAAAUACUUGCAUGUGCAGGGAAAGGGCUGAACCAUGUCUGUUGAUGGAGAUGUUGACUAUGGGCAUGAGUUUCCAGCCCAUUACAAAGUGAUGCUUGACAAACUGAAUGAGCAGCGUCAGCUGGAUCAGUUCACAGACAUCACACUUAUUGUGGAUGGGCAUCAAUUUAGGGCCCACAAAGCUGUUCUGGCUGCCUGCAGUCAGUUUUUCCACAAAUUCUUUCAGGACUUCACUCAAGAGCCUCUAGUGGAAAUUGAAGGUGUUAGCAACACUGCCUUCCGUCACCUAAUGGAGUUCACUUAUACAGCUACAUUAGCUGUGAAUGGUGAGGAAGAAGUCAGUGAUGUCUGGAGAGCUGCAGAGUACCUUCAAAUGCAGGAGGCGAUCAAAGCCUUGAACAACAGAAGGAAUGGUACAGCCUCAGUGAACUCCUCCCAGGCCUUGGCUGGAAAGAGCAAGGCUAAAAAAAGGAAAAUCGCAGAGUCCUCCAAUGUGAUCACUGAGACUCUUCCUUCAGUGGAGACCGAAUCUGUUGAGAUCGAAGUGGAGGUUGGCGAGGAACAUAUUGAGGUGGAGGAAAGCGGCCUGGUGGAAGUAGUGGAUGCUGCUAGGAGUUCAACCGAACCCUCAUCGGAUGACUCUGCAUUGGCCUUAUUGGCCGACAUCACCAGCAAGUACCAGCAGGGAGAGCAGACACUCCAUGUGAUGAAAAAGGAAGUAGAUGAUUCGGUAGUCGUGCCGGAAGAGGCUGUGAUUGCCUCCAAGACCCUGGAGAAUAUUGAAGUGGUGGAGGUUCAGAUCUCUCAGCUGGACAACCUUUUCCGUUGUGACAAGUGCGACCGCUGCUUCAAACUCUACUACCACCUCAAACAGCACAUGAAGACUCACACCGCUACCCCAGAUAGGGGCUUUGUCUGCAGGCACUGCGGUAAAACAUAUGCCCGGGAAGGAGCCCUUAAACAGCACUUGAAUAAUUACCAUUUUGAUGCGGAGGAACAGUCCCAACGACAGAAAAAGAAAGUGCAUGUUUGCGAGUACUGUGAAAAGCAGUUUGAUCAUUUUGGACACUUCAAAGAGCAUUUAAGGAAGCACACAGGUGAGAAACCCUUUGAGUGCCCGGAGUGCCAUGAACGUUUUGCCAGGAACAGUACGCUGAAGUGCCACAUGUCAGCAUGUCAAAAUGGCGCUGGAGCCAAAAAAGGGAGAAAGAAGUUGUAUGAAUGCCAGGUCUGUAGCAGUGUUUUCAAUAGUUGGGAGCAGUUCAAGGACCACUUAGUGACCCACACGGGUGAGAAACCCAACCACUGCACCAUCUGCGAUCAGUGGUUCACGCAACCCAGAGACCUCCACACUCAUCUGCUAGAGCUCCAUGGCUUACAGGAGAAGGUUAUCGUCACAGAGGAAGUCAUGAUUUCAGACCCAACCACGGUCUUGGCUAUGGUGGAGGUUGAGGAGGGAGAGGAGAGGGUGAUUCUGGAGGACGGCAUACGGGUGGAGCAUGUCACUGUGGAGCCGGUGGACGUUGUUGCUGUUGAGGAGACUCUCAUGGUGGAGGAAGAGAUGCCGAUACAGCCUUCUCAGACUGUGGGUGGGGUGGAAGAGACAGUGGUUUUACACGUACAUGGCGAGAGAUUGAAAGAACAAGCAAUGGAAAUCCAAAUAGCACGGGUGACUGUUGCAGAACCAGCAGAAAGUCGAGUUCAACAAGAGGCAGUGAACAGUUUGAAAGAAGUAAAGACUGCAAAUGUAUGAAAGGCCUCUCCUGUGCAUGGACACUUUGAGAAUGAAUUGGAAAGGUGAACCAGGCCUUUACUCCUUUCCCACCACAUUAAAAUUAUACAGUAAUGCUCACAGUGGUGUCAUGCAACAAAGAUGGGUCACCAGCUUUAUUUCUUUAAGCUUUGCUCUUCACUUCUCGGAAAGCAGUGUCUCUAUAAAUCUGAUUACCGGUUCAGUCAUGCUUUUAAUGUAUGUUGUGGAUAAGAAUAGUAAGAUGUAAUUCAUUUCAUGAAUAGUGCACAUCGCCAAGACUGUUUCGGGUGUGGAAAGAAUGUUUUUUUUUUUUUUUUUAAGUUAUCUUUGGAUGUAUGUUUAUAGCGUGUGCAAGAAGCUUAUUUUCAUAAAAGAAUUAAAGGGCAAAAUGUUUCCCCAGA